UGGGCUCCAUUUAGAUCUAAGAGUCUACAGCGAGGAGAGCCGAACCGAUCUUCGAUCAUUCAAAUAGCAAGGCAUCCCGCUGCAGAUGUUGACUACCCUGUCCAGUACGCACCCAUAGAAGGACGGAAGUCACCUUAGCAGCUACCAGCCAAUCAUCAUGGGCGUGGAAGACUCCAAGGCAGGGUGGACUACAUCUGAGGCCCAGACCCAGAGUGGAAAAGAGCCGGAAGGUGUUGCAGUGACGACGGGUUACUCGUCGUCGGGCUCUUUAGGGGAACAAGACAGGCCAAGAAGAGUCAAGGAAGGGGCUGCUUUCGAGACGACUGAAGAUGUGCGGUUUUACAAGCCCAUCCCGACAUAUGAAGGAUUUCACCGGUGGGAUCCGGACUUCGAAUGGGAAGAGCACGAAGAGAAGAAAGUAGUGAGAAAGAUCGACCUGCGCGUCGCUACGUUCGCAUGCGUUACUUUCUUUGCGCUCCAGCUUGAUCGAGGAAACAUCGUGCAGGCUCUAUCAGGCAAUCUGCUGGAUGAGCUUCACAUGAACACCAAUGACUACAACACAGGACAAACGAUCUUCUAUAUUUGCUUCCUGUUUGCUGAACUUCCAUCGCAAUUGAUCUCGAAGAAACUUGGUCCAGACCGAUGGAUUCCAAUCCAGAUGCUUUGCUGGAGUCUCGUUGCAAGCAUGCAGGCCUUCCUCUCCGGAAGGAGUUCCUUCUUUGCUUGCCGUGCUCUCUUGGGUGUCUUCGAAGGAGGAUUCAUUCCAGAUACUAUCCUGUUUCUGUCGUACUGGUACACAUCAAAAGAAUUGCCCGUUCGACUGAGUUGGUUCUGGACAACUUACGAGGCGACGUCCAUUGUCAGCGCUUUCCUCGCAUAUGGCUUUUUGCAUAUCCGCAACUCUGACGGCACCGGUGGCUGGCGCUAUUUGUUCGCCUACGAAGGGCUCAUCACUGGUGUCAUUGCUAUCAUAGCCGCAAUCUGGAUGCCUCCGUCGCCUACUCAAACCGCCGGUCGGUUCAGAGGCAAAAAGGGAUGGUUCAAUGAAAGAGAAGAAAAGAUCAUGGUAAAUCGAGUUCUCCGCGAUGACCCUAGCAAGGGCUCCAUGCACAACAGACAAGCUGUCACCCCGAAGCUUCUAUGGGAAGCUCUUUGCGACUACGAUAUGUGGCCCAUCUACCUUAUCGGUCUCACAUGGUGUAUUCCUCCAGCACCAGCGCAGAACUACAUCUCGCUUGAACUAAAGUCUCUCGGCUUCGGAACUUUCAAGACGAACCUGCUUACAAUCCCGGCUUACGUUAUAUUCAUUAUCAACCUUCUGAUCAUCACAUGGGUGUCAGAGCGCGUCAACCAGCGCUUGCUACUUGGUGUAAUUGCUGAAGUCUGGAACUUGGCUCUGCUCAUUGCCCUCGAAGUCCUUCCUGCGAAUGAGAGUCCGUGGGCGAGAUGGGUUGUCCUGAUUCUCCUCAUCGGAAGUCCUUAUGUUCACGCUAUCAUCGUAGCCAUUACUUCCCGAAACGCCGGCUCUGUGCGUACGCGAACCGUCGCAUCCGCCAUGUACAAUAUGACUGUCCAAGCAAGCAACAUUAUCGCCAAUAACAUCUACCGCAACAAUGACAAGCCUCUUUACCGAACCGGCAACAAGGUUCUUAUUGGUCUCACUGUCUGGAGUGCUUUCCUCUUCGUGGCAGCCAAGUUCUAUUACAUCUGGCGAAACAAGACUCGAGCAGAGAAAUGGGAUGCCAUGUCGUCGGAAGAGAGAGACGCCUAUCUAGCCUCUAACAAAGAUGAGGGAAAUAAGAGACUUGAUUUCCGUUUCGCUCAUUAAGUACCCCCAAGAAAUUUUAUGAUUCGCGGUGGUGGUGGAUUCUAUUCACUUUAUAUAGUACAGAAUGUCCUUUUUCAUUCUAGAUAUCAAAAUAGAGUUAUAUGGAGGUAUAUAGUCUUGCCCAAUGGACACAGAAGUUAUGUCAUCAAGUAUGUAAAUGCAAUUAACCUUGCAUGCUAGGUGAUAUAUAUUUUAGAUGAUAGGGU